CUUUGCUCAAAGCCAUUGCUUAUCAUCUUGACUGAUUCAGACAUGGAUCUCGUGCUGAACGUUGCCGACCACUAUGUCCUCACCCCCUACGUGUACCCGUUGUCAUGGCCCGAGGACACAGCACUGCGCCAGAUCAUCAGCCUGUUGGUAGUCACCAACCUGGGGAUCGCGGUCCUCUACCUGGGCCUUGGCUGGCUGAGCUACCAAUUCAUCUUUGACCACAACCGCAUGAAACAUCCACAGUUUCUAAAGAACCAGGUCUGGUUGGAGAUCAGACAUGCCAUGACCUCACUACCCAUUAUUAGUAUCCCCACCGUGGUGUUAUUUUUCAUUGAGGUCAAAGGAUACAGUAAGCUCUAUGACAACGUUGAAGAAUCUCCCAUGGACUGGCCCUUUGUGCUUUUCAGCAUUAUUUUCUUUGUGUUAUUCACGGAUGGGUGCAUCUAUUGGAUUCAUCGGUUUCUUCACCACAGAUGUAUUUACAAGCACUUCCACAAGAAGCAUCAUGUGCUGAAGAUCCCCACGCCGUUCGCCAGCCACGCCUUCCACCCGCUGGACGGCUUCCUGUCGAGCCUGCCCUACCAUGUCUACCCAUUCCUCUUCCCCCUGCACAAGGUGCUCUACCUGGCUCUCUACAUCUUUGUCAACAUCUGGACCGUGUCCAUCCACGACGGCGCCUACCGCAUGCCCGGUCCACUGCAGGAGGUUGUCAACGGGGCGGCCCACCACACGGACCACCACCUCUGCUUCAACGUCAACUACGGCCAGUACUUCACCUUGUGGGACCGCAUUGGUGGGUCUUACAAGAAACCCUCGGUUCUCGAAGGGAAGGUCUCCCUCGACUGCAUUAGUAGACUGACGGCCGAGGGGAAGAUUAGCUCUAAUGGGGCUAAUGCUAAUGGCCACACGAAUGGGCAUGAUAAUGGAAGUGGUACAAAGAGCAAGGAGGAGUAGCUGGUAGCAGCUAACCAAACUAUUCUUUCAGAGAACCACCCAGGCCAUCAAGACCCAUGCCUCACUCCAUUGUGUGUUUGAUAGCCAAUGGGUUCUCAGCAAACCUUUCACCGCCAUAUCUGAGGAGAAGCGGUCUCCCUGCCGCAUCCAAGCAGUAAAGUAGCCAGCUGGAUAACCUUGGCGUCUGACUAAGGUACUCAUCUAUAUCCAAUACAUGUUUCUUCUGACAUGGAUAAUUUUGCCAGAUCCAGUGAACGCUUCUUUUGUUCUUCGUCAACACAAUUAACCAAAACAAGGCCACUUCUAGUGACCUUGAUUGGAUCUACCUUUCCCACUGCUUUCUUCACAGUCCUCAAUAUUACAAAUGGAGCCCAAUAAGAAAUGCAUUAAUGGACUGGUCCUUGUCUUCUUUCUACUACAACUUUUGCUUGUUUUGUUCCAUUCUUUGAUUUCACUAUUUUCCAUUCAUUAUCACACACAUCACUUGCCGCACUUUCGGAUUCAAGCACAGUCGCCUUUUCCUCCCACCCUGGUUUUUCAUCCCUCCAACUGGAGCUUUGGCCACCAGAGGCACUUGGUGCACAUGUGGCACAUACAUAGGGCUUGUUCUGGAGGGUGCAACGUUACAAAAUGUCCAAAUAAAAACAUACAGUAGAACAUGUGCCGUAUGUAUAAAGCUUCUCAGAACCUAUGAGUCAGGUUACUAUAAAUCAAAUCAAAUGUUAUUUGUCACAUGCCUUAUAAACAACAUGUGUAGACUAACAGUAAAAUACUUCCUUACAGGUCCUUUUCCAACAAUGCAGAAAAAAUAUAAAGUUAAAAAAGAUUCAACAGAAAUAUAAAGUGACACUAGGAAAAAAUAUAUAGUCAAUAACAAAUAACAAUAACUAGUAAUUAGGCUACUUUUGAGACAAAUUCAAUUUUUCCUUAAAGGAAUAGUUCACCCAACUUACACAAAAUUACAUAUUGGUUACUUUACCCUGUAAGCAGUCAAUGUACUCUGUAUGCAUACAAGGUAUGACAGUAAUCCAUUAUUUGGUUUAUUUUCCCUGGAACGGUUUCCAAGUGCUAACGUUUUCAGCAUUUGUGGCAUAAAUCCCAUGCAAGUCAUGAUACCUAUAUUAGCAUUUUUCGCUCAUUAAGUCCAUGUCAUCUGAGUGAUGUUUCUGAGCUCCAUAAUCAAUUUAAGAUACUUUAGGAGGAUUUGGAUAUUAUGCACAAAAAAGGCUAAUAUAGGUACCAUGACUUGCAUGGGAUUUGUGCCACAAAUACUAAAACAAUGGCAUUUCAAAACAGUGCCAGUGAAACUAAACCAAAGCAUGGAUAGCUGUCAUAUUUAGACUUCUUACAGGGUAAGGAAACCAAUAUGUUAAUUUGUAAUUUGGGUGAACUAUCCAUUUAAAGUUGAGAGUCUGAGGUUAAUAUAAAGCUGCUGAAGAAUAGGCCUAGGAGAGUGGAUUUAAUGCAGCAUUCAUGAGAUGUCAGAACUAGGAAAGUCAACCAUUUCCGACUUGGAAACUCAUUGUAGAAAGACGAUACCUGAGUUCCCCAAUUGGACAGUAUCUGAAUCAACCAAUAUGAAACUCUAUGCAAAUAAGGUAUGUUCAUUUUAACUCAGAAGUUCCGAGUUUCCAACUUGUCAUGAAUGCAGUGUUAUUUUAUUUUAGUGUUAUUUUACUAUAAACCCAUUGAAGAUUCUUACUUACAAAGAUAAUCAUUAUUUUUAGAUUAUUUCUUUAACAUGUUUGCUUUACAACAUAAUAUGAAACAAUUCAAUUAUAAUUCUAACAAUAGUUAAAAUGGCAUACUAUGAGGAUUCUGUGUUAUGCACUAUAGCCCGUUACCAUAUAUGUGAUUGAAUAUUAUCUGCUGUUGGCUUGUGUGGAUGUAUGUAUGUGUCAUGCAACAUAGCUGACUUGAAACAUUGGUAACAGUUUCAGGGCCAUGGGCCUUUCUCAUGAUGGAAAAAUACAGAAUAACAUGAAGACAGGAACUGUGCAAUGAGUUGUGGGGGCACAUUCAGAACAUAGUGUUGCGAGAACAAACGGUAUUUUGUUAGAUAACAGGAGCCAGGUGCGAAAUAACAGUAUAGAGCAUGAGCGCAUAGAUAUUCUUCACAGCAACAGUUACAUCUAUCAGCUGAAGCGCUUAGGGGGUUGGGACCAGCUCUGCGCCAACAAUCAACGAUAGGCUGGGUGAGUCUAAACCACGCUCAGUCUCUACUCUGACAGGCCGGCUCGGAAGCAGGAACUAUUUCUGUCAGGGUAUAUUUAUAAUAUCUUUGUCAAGAACAAGUCAGUUAGUUCUCUGUUUACCCUGCGAGGUGGGACAGAGAGCCCGAAUAUACAAAAAUUGCAUUUACCACUUAUUGCUUAGCUAAUAAAAAAUACAUAGCAUACAA